GAACCCGAACGUGAUCGAUCACCAUGGUCGAAACGACACGCUUCUGCCCGCCAGCCGGGAGAAAAGCCGUUUCCGUACCUUGACGUGGGAGCAAUAUGACCCGGUACACCAAAAAUACCUGGAGAUCGGCAUGAGGCCAAAGAUGAAGAAUCAUUACAGAGCUCAUCAACUAUCUGUUUGGCUGCGUCUCGUCCCAGAACUCCAUCGAGCUGGAAUGGAGGACGUGGAUUCCAGGCACAAUCUAUUUCGUGGACACUCGGACCCCAGUCUGUACGAUGGAUCGGUGAGACCGGAUCCCCUGAGCAGGAUUAGCGAGGAAUUCAAAAAGAAGAACAUCACCACCGAGCCACCGACCACCACGGACUAUAAUGCCGCCACGUGUGUUAGCUACAUUCAGAGCACGAAUUUGCAGAACGUUCAUAACGCCAGUACAGACACUCUGGCAAGCUUGGAUGCAGCUGGGUACGCCGCGUACUCGACAGCAUUGAGCGUGACAAUCGCGAUCGGAUGUAGCUUGUUGAUUUUGAACGUGCUGAUUUUCGCGGGGGUGUACUAUCAAAGGGACAAAACACGGCUGGAAGUGAAGAGUCUUCAGCAGCAACAAAUGUUGAAUCAACAGUGCGGACCACGAGGUUUCUCUGAGCUCAAACAACCGCCUCCGCCGCACUCUCAUUUCCCUGGAAGCGGUCAAGUUAUCGUUGACGUCGAGAACGAGAUGCUGCGAAGGAACGUUAUGAAAGGCACUCCGAACGAUCCCAACACGCUUCUCCAACAGGGUCAGGGAACUCACACGUUGCCUCAUCAACACCAUUAUCAAAAGCAACAUCAGCAACAGCAUGCCACUCUUCCCCGAGCUUCCGUCGUACAGGACAUGAAUGCACAAACCCAAGGUCCACCAAACGGGUCCAUACAUCUGACAGUACCAAGAGCCCCACCACCCCCACGAGCAAAGAGUCCACCCGAGAACCAGCCCCUGCUGCAGAAUGCCACCGUAUCGAGUCGUGUGUCCCAAGCUACGAUGAGUGAGAUGAGAGUGUGAUGUUUGGACCCCCCUCCGAAGCCUGUGGUGCCGGACGUUCUCACGGCAUCGACAUUGCUUUAAGAACAACAGAAAAAACGAAAACACCGUCUCGUCCAUGCCAGUCAAGUCCUAGUCGAGUCCGACGAAUUUGAAAAAGAAAAAAAGAAAAGAAAAAAAGGAAAAGAAGAAACACUCUGGAGACAAGAACAACAAGAACUCCUUUCACGAAAGGAUUCCAGCGAAAUUCCAACGAACGACACUCGACUGGCACCUGGCCCGAAAGCUUCUACCGUUUUCCAUUUCCAUCGUCCAGUUGACGACGACGCGUCGC